AUCAGACGCAACGCACCGUCAUUUCGCCCUCAUGCGCCAUCCCGCUCACACCUCCCGACGCAACGUGCACCGCACCUGCACAUCCUUGUCGGCCUUUGUUGGCCGACACAACAACGCACACUGCACGCACGUCACCACUCGGAUGGGAGAGCAGUUCGCAGUUGUCCUAGGCCUCGGAAUAGGACACGCGGUGACUUUUCGCAGUACACAGGAUAGUUUCGCAGCAUCGCCCAGACCGCGCAUCGGCAAUCACCUCUCUGCAUGCUAUAAGAGGAGAGACGCCGCGUUUUGGGCGCUGCAGGAUGAGAUAGUCGACGAGUUUGGAGUGCGUACGCCUGAGCCACCGAAACUCCAACUGCCCAAUGUGACACAGAUGUCCGUGACCCUUGAGUGGCUGCCCAUCAAGCUGGCGACGGCCGAAUUGCGAUUGUUGGACCUCUACCGCAACGGGCAGCGCCUCGCACCGAUACCGAACCCGACAACCAACACCUCUAGCAAGUUCUCGGGGCUCGAGCUCGACACCGAGUACACAUUCCAGCUCACCUUGCGCACGACUGCGGGGAGGUUCCCCUCGGAGUUGCUUCACGUACACACGCAUACCAGGACCGAGACCUCCGGUCGCGCUGUGCAGCUGAGUAUGCCCAUCGUCCAGUCGCAUUGGAUCUUUGCGCACCAGUCUGAGCGUCGAUCAGUUCCUAUCGCGCUGUUCGGACUGGGAGCAACACCGCCGAACGCGCUACCCUCUCGGCGCCCUCAGUCCAUGUCUGCUGCAUCUCCCACCCAACGCUCACCCGUCAGCGCAGCCGCUGUGCGACAGUCAAUGCCACUGACCGUCUCGCCCAUUGGCCAGCCUGCGACCUUCGUAGGGCAGUCGGUUAGAGAUAUCCCACCACCAACCGUGCCGGUCGUCGCUGUCGAAGAUGCUCACUUGGAGGAUGAAGAAUCUGACGUGACCGAGCUGGAGGCAAAACAGCUCGUUCUCAUGGAGAAGCGGGCAAGCAAGACCGGGACGAUGGACAUGCAGUUUAAAUUUCCGCCCACGUCUCCGACAAGUCCCAGCCCUGAGGAUCCCGAUGCUGCGGCUGUGGCCGUUGAGCCGUUGAGCAUUGAGGUUUCGCCGCCGCCGGUCGUAGAGAAGGAGACAGUACCUAGUGUGAGAACUGAGGGUGAGGUAGAUGACAAUCUGGGCGAGACGGAGGACAUCCCGUUGUAGUCAGUAACCUCUCUAAUUCCUCUGCUUUGUCGUUGAGCCAUAGCCUUACUCGGAUCAUCACGCAUGUGCUUUCCGUCUGGGAUUGUGCUUCCCAGGGGUUGAUUUGGAGGACUGACUGCAAGGGAUCACGGCACGGGUAACAGCUUGCCUGACUCUUGUCACCUCUAACACCCUGACCCGCUGGCAGCCCUGGCCAGCUGCUUCAAACUCGAAUCCCCGGCACUUUAUUCCCGAGCCGAAAUAGCUCCUGCUAGAGCCCAAGAUGUCCCCUUCGCGCAUCACUCGGACGCGUGCACCCUCACCGGCACCCCUGAAGACCCUGCCGACCUUGGGAUAUUUGCAUAUUCGCUGUUGCUAGUGUACUACACCCUCACCCUGUCGUCUA